AUGGCAUCUCCAAACCGCGCACUCCUCCUCAUAUUCUUCUACCGCAAAGAAGGCAUGUCCUUCGAAGACUUCGACGCGUACUGGCGAGACGAGCACUCCAAAAACGCGCUAUCCAUCCCAAUCUUUAAGAGGAAUAUCUUGAGAUAUGAACAAAUCCACGUAAACCCCCAAGCCCGCUCCCAGUACAUCACAGAUGGCAAAUCCGUCUCCGACUACGACGGUAUCGUGGUGCUGGAAGCGGAGAGCGAGGAGAAAAUCAAAGAGUUGUUUGAGGAUCCUGAGUAUUUAGCGCGUCUGGUGCCAGAUGAGGAGCGGUUCACGGAGAAGAAGACUUUUACUAUGAUGCCGGGGUGGGUGUGUACGGUUUUGGAUCGCGAAAGGGGGAUUGCUGUGUGA